UCGCUGUGCCAGUACGUGUAUGUGUAGCGAAGGAAUACACGUAUUAGUUUGUAUUCACAAUCAUGAAUUCACUGGAGUACGGAUGGAGAAAUUUACCAACAUGAUUUUAUAUACUGUGGUUUUAUUGACUUUCAUAUUUCAUGGAGAGUCAUUUGCCUCCCCGUGUUGCAGUGAGGCGACUAAUGAUGUGUGCCGAAACUCAUGUUCUCAGCUGGUUAAACCCGAUAUCAAACAGAAUGAGAAUAAGCUAGCCCAGCUGAAGAAUCUGGUCCUCUUGGGAGAGUUUUGUUCUCCGCAGCAGACAGCCUUUUGGAGGUGCAUAAACAAAACUGUACCUGUGGUGCAGUCUAUGAUGGUAUGGUCAGCUCAGCCUUGCUGUGAGAAAGCUGUCAACAGGUACUGCCAGGAGGCUUGUUACCAGGCCACCAGUGUAAGAGAACUUGUAAGGAACUGUAGCCAAAGUACGGAAACAAAGUUAUAUAAAUGUAUAGAAAAACAUGGAGAUGCAGAGCAUUGCUGUAGAUCGGCCAAUAGCUACAACUGUCAUCUAAUAUGCAGGGGCACACAUAUGGUAUCUGGUCUUGGCAGACAAAAACAGCGACACAUUAUUCGGCGACAGUGUCAUGGCGUCAACCAACCUAUCAUGCAGUGUGUUCAAAAUCGUCAUCGUCCAGUGCGGGAAAGUGACCCAGAAUUGAGCUUGCCAUGUUGCUACGAAGCUCCGGCAGACUCUGAGUGCAGGAACACAUGCAUAGAGGGAAUACGACUACGUUAUCCGGAGAAUGUGUUCAUGGAACAGCUGGUGAAAAGUUGUGGUGUUCCAAAAAUUCAUAGUGAUCCACUGUGGGCUUGUUUCCUGCUAAACACCAACAUGGAGGACGAUGUAGAUAUGGAGAGAAACAUCAUAGAUGGCGCCAGGCUGCAGUGCUGCUCUAAAGCUAACACCCUUGCCUGUCGAAACCUUUGUUCUAGGACUUUCAGUACCGACUGGGCCAACACCUGGGAUGACUUUAACACCAAAUGUCAGAGUUUAGCAGCACCUGUGUUGGAUGUCAUAAUGGAAGGUCCCAUGCUUUCUUGUAUGGCUGAAGUGGAAGAACCAUGCCAACUCGGGUGUGAUGGUCUCAACUUCUGCUCCAACUUCAACAGUCGACCCACUGAGCUGUUUAGGAGUUGUAAUGCACAGACAGAUAUAGCAGCACGAGAAAGUCUGAACAGCUGGCAGAAUGGAACCAUUAGACUUCCUCAGAUGUCGAUUCCCGUCAAAGAUAUCCGGGAGUGUGAACCAGAGAUGUGGAAGGCCCUCGUGUGUGCUCUACAGAUCAAACCAUGUAACAGGAGAGCAACGCCGCUUCCCCUAUGCAGGGAAGAUUGUUUCCACAUACUGAACCAGUGUGUUGACCACAGUCGUAUGAAGCCAGGCCACACCCUACAACUCUUGUGUAACACUCUGUCCCCCGGAGACUCCAAAAAUGGGGACUGUAUCUCCGUGAAAAAGUACCUCACUGAAAGUCCUCACAAACACUAUGGACAUGUGAUCACAAGUCCUUGUAACCCAAACCCUUGUGAGGACAACCAAGUGUGCUGGAUCAACCGUCGUAAAUGUAGGCACCCCGAGGUCUGUCUUCCUUAUGUUUGUCAUAAUGCAUGCGGUAUGGGAGCUGUGACCAAUAUGUACGUUCCCAAGAACACUUACGUUCGGAUUCCUGAUGCAGAGAAGGAUUUCCAUGGUAACGCACAGUGUAUGCACUAUCGUGUGUGCCAGUGUAGGCAUCACAAUAACCUGGAUAAUUGUAAACGUCUCCCAUGUAUUCAGCGUGAUCCCUGCAGCACCAGUAAAGGCCACAAAAAACACGGUGAACACUUCAAAAUGGACUGUAAUCACUGUAUCUGUCACUCGGGAAAAGUCCUGUGUUCCCAGCAUCGCUGUCCGCCAGAGCCAGGCUCCGAAGGAUUGACAGGGUUACCGUGUGACUGUGUUCCCAACUUUGCACCGCAAUGUGGAAUUAAUGGAAAGACUUACCCUAAUAGGUGUAUGGCCACAAAGUGUGCAAAACUUAGAAGUCACGAACUCAUCUCCGGCACCUGUUCAAGUAUCGACCCCUGUGCAGAUAACCCAUGUGGGGAUGAAUACAGAUGUAUGCCAAAGAGAAGUGUAUGUUUGAGUAAUACCAUGGAGAGUAGCUGUAACCAGUAUGAGUGUGUGGCAGUCAUGGGCAUCGACCAAUGUGAACGCCACGACCAUGAACCAGUGUGCGACACAGACAACGAUGAAUAUACAAAUAUUUGUCUCCUCCUGGCCAAGAAAAAGAGACUUGCCUAUAGGGGGCACUGUCAGAAGUACUGUUCUGAAAAUGGUGUUGUGUGUGGACACAACGGGGAGUCGUACAAUAGUGAAUGUGCCGCGCUAGCUGAUCGUACCACUGUAGAUUACAUGGGGCAGUGUAGAGCUGUUGGCAUGUACUCAGGUAAUUUGACCACAUCUAAUAAUUGUGCGAAUGUGGCCUGUCGUGCUGCGAGACCAAACCAUUGUCGUCCCAUUACUCCACCUGGGGGCUGUUGUCCUGUCUGUGCUGCGGAGAUCCGUAUCAUGUACAGUAAGGAGCUUAUGAACGUGGCGGCGUCUGCAAUGAAUAGUGCUGUGAUAACAUUGGCUGACAUCUUGCUGAUCCUGUCACGCCAACUAUCGGUCGUUCAGUGUGACCUAUACGGCUACCUCAGUGUGGAAAAUGACAUUGUUGUCCUGGUCGCUCCAGUCUCGGCUCAUCCUAACAUGCUGCUGGUUCAUGCAUGUUCAAAGGAGGCUGAGAGAUUAGGUUAUCUAAUACAGUCGGACAGUCCAUUGAUGAAGUCGUACCUUACACUGAGUCCACUACUGGUGGCCUCUAUACAUACCCCAGGGGUGGCCAUUGUUCAGUCAGCUGCCACCUCAUUGUCUACACCUUCUCUGGUAGUAAACACCGGACUUCUACUCUAUACAUUAUAUACAUGGCUUUACUCGGUAUAACCCUCCGUCAAUUCUAAUUAGAAUCUCAGAAACUAUUUCGAUUGGAUCGUCGGAUGUUUUACGGGAUCCAAGAUAAUCAUCGUGCAGUCAUUUUAGCGUCCUGUCAAAGAGUGCAUUUGCUACUGGGGUAAUGCACACACCAUCCAUAUGAUUGCAUGGUUACUGAUCAACCUCAUUUGACCUUGUCACACGUGGUCAGAGUGCAUCAUGGGAACUCGUCCAUGGCUUGCAGCCAUACAAAGGAAUCUGUGAUUUACCCAAAGCAUCAAAACAUCUGUUUCUGCAGUAAACAUGCUCGGACGUAGCCCUGCAGUAACACUUGUGAUGUCUUAAGAGUUCUCGCUUCCCUUCAGGGUGAUAUGUUGUCAGCCAGCUGAUUGGAACUCUUCAGGCUUGUAAAGUCUAUAAUAAAACGGGCGGUGAAUUAUCGAUUACAGUAAAGUCCGGUAUAAAGUAAAAUAAAAUACUUUGCCUAGCGAUUGCUUUUAUAAGUGUGCCGAAAUUGUACCAUUAAGCUGUGUUAAUUUUAAAAAAAAAUAUGCCUACUCCCAUCUUCGACUUUGACAUGAAAUUGUAAUGAAGUUUUCCUAGGUUUCUUUAAAGUUCAUGCACAUCAAGGUAAACUAUGUCGAAAUACACAGCUUAGGUUUUGACAUUACAAAACCAUCAGAUUUAUAUGGAGAGUAGAUAUGUCAUUCAAAUAGCCUGUGAAAAUUGAUCGUGAUAUUCAAAGAUUUACAAAAAUACAUUUCGAAUGAAGUUUCAGAUUAAGAUCAUGUGGAUGUUUUUAAUACGGUCAUAGUAUUUUGAUUGUUUAGACAUAUUUUAUUUAAAGAAAUCAAAAGGAAUACAAGUUAUUCAAGUUGUAUACAUUUACAAGCCCUGUAUGUAUGGAGUAUCUUCAGUCAACUGUAUUAGGGAUAAAACAUAUUUGUUGUUAUUUGUAGUGAGUCUAUUAAUGCUUUUAAGAUUCGUAUGUCGAGAAUGUUAUCAUAGUUGACUUGAGCUGAUGAGCUUAUAUUGUGGCACUUUGUAUUAAAAAUUAAGAAAUUUCAUUCAUUAAGGUAUAAUGUUAUCCGUCUGUUUGUCCGUCCAUCCAUUCAUCAAAUAUUAGCUUCUCUAACGUCUUAGUUGUGAUUUGGAGAAGAUAAAGACAAUUUUAUGAAUUAGAGUCACUUGCUAAAAUCACAUUUAAACAAUUCAGAAAAUGUAUUCAAAGAUUUAAAAUUACUUUUUCAGCAUUUCGAUUCAAGAUCAGAUUAUAUUUUAUAUGAAAAUGUGUAUAAGGAAAGCUGAUGCUGAACACUUGUUUGAGAAUUAUUACCAUUUGAGCUUGGAAGAUAUUUUAAAUAAUGACAAAAUAAAUUAAAUGUAGAAGCAAGGAUUGGGUAUUGUUACUUCGGGAGAAAGAGUGUGUAUGUGAGUGUGAUAUUAUUCAUGUAAUGCUAAAUAGCCUUGUUCAUUAGACAGUGGGUAUGUGAUAAUAAAUCAUGACCUCAUUUACGAUUUAAGUAUAUAUGCUACCUUAUUGUGAAUUGUUUUCCUUUAAUGAAGAGUUCCACUUACAGACAUAAAGCAAUAUUUGUGAGUGGCAAUACUGAUACAGUUGAUAAUGAGUAAAAGGCAUAAGGAAAUGUGUAUCAGAUCACAACUAAAAAUAUAUUUAAAGUGACAUAACUCUGAAACAGACCACAGACGUAAUGUAUAAGGUAGCAUAUACCCUUAAGUUUAUUCAUUAAAAUCAUGAUAUAUUUUGUAUUGUUAAGCAGUUGUGUUUCUUAGAUGCCUAAAUACAGCAAGACUUUACAUUGAGCAUUAACACCUGUGGAGAACGUUUGUAUUUUACAAUUAUAAGCAUUAAAGGCUCUUUACUAUCUAUUGGGAGGAGCCAACUAAUCACCUUUUCAGUGAUACAAGUUUAAUUCAUAUGCCAAAAUUCUAAAUCUUUUUUUAUUUUGUAUACAUAUUCAAGAUUGAUAGGUAACUUUGACAUCCUGUUUUUAUCAGAAAUGUUAGAUACAAGUUGUGUGACAUUUGUACAAAUUCUUUUUAAGAAUUUUUGUUUUUGUUUUGUUUCAAAUGUUCUUUAAGUGUUGUAUAAAUCAACUGGACAGCAUUACUGCACAUUUCAAUAUACCUUAAUACAAUUAAGUAUCAAUUCAGUACAACUAGUUUAAUGUAUAUAUAUAUUAUGCGUUUUUUGUCUUCAAAUUAGAUGAAAUAUCUUGAUGGACAUAUCCAAAAGAAAGAAAACACUAAAUAAUUUAGUUCUAGAUAAAUACAUUUCAGUAUGUAUUAAUAUUAGGAUACUUUUUUAAAAGUAAAAUAGCAUACGAACUAAUUUUACAUUUUAAGUUGUAUUUUGGCAUAAAUUGAUAGAUAAUCUGAUGGACAAUUAAGACCAAUAGUUUGCAAAUUUUAGGCAGAAAAAACAACUUUAUAUAAUAAAGAAGAUAUUUGUCUUAUAUUUUGUUCUGGAUCAGAGUACCAAAGAAUAGCUAUUAGCAGCAUUAGUUGUUGGGUGUUAUGUUAAGUAUUGUAUCCCUUUCCAGUAAACAAUAGGUUGAAUUUCAUAUGGAGUUAUAUGGAGUUACUCUGGAUAUGAAAGCAUUACGAAGUCUUAUGGUUUUAAGAUUGAUAUGUAUCUUGUUGAAUUUGAGUAAGAUUACUUUAAAAAGAAGCAUUAAUUGAAACUGAUAUCCAGAUUUUAUAAUUACUUUAAUAUUGUGAAUGUUGAUGUUGAUAGAAAAACUGUAAGUGUAGACUUGCUAAAAUCCUGUAGAUGUUGUACAAUACAAUGAGAAAACAGUUUACAUUGUCAAAUGAUUAAUUCAAUACACCUUUACUUGAUUUUACCUGUAUAAAAUCAUUUUUUAGAUCAGCAUGAUGUAUUCAUCUUUACCCAUUAAUAACAUUUUUCAGUGACAUAAUUUUUGUUUAAAUGAUACGAUAUAAACUGACAUAUAUAAGUUCAAGGCCUAUAUAAAUACUGUUUUCCUCAUUAGAACCCAGGUGCAGUAUAUAAACUGCUUUUCAUUUGGGGGAAAAACCCUUUGAAAUAAUAUUUUCCACUUUAAAAAAAAAAUGAAUAGUCUUAUUGACACUCUGAAGAGAAAAUAAACUGUGCCAGGUGUUUGAAAAGUUAAUGACCUGUUUGUAAGCUACCAAAGAAGAUUAUAUUGUUUCUCAAAAUGGACAAACUUUUCACAGGAUUGUGAGAUGAUUUUCUUGCAGUGAAACUGGAGACCUAUUUUGAUUUUCUUGCAGUGACACUGGAGACCUAUUUACUUAUAUUGCACAGAAUGCUGAAUUUUCUAACUUAUUUAUUUGUAUCAAUGUCUUCUGCCAUUUGUUACAGUCCAUUGAAAUCAUGAUCAAGAAAUAGGUGGAGAUAUUGAUAAGAACUUGGAAAAUGGCUGACAAGAUUAAAAUAAAACUGCCUUGGGACCACACAGAUGUCUUCAUUUUAAAGAGGUUCAAACUUGUAAAUGAGCGAUUACCAAUUUUGACUGGUUGUGCAUAUGCUGCAGAAAAGUCCUGUUUGUGCAAGUAAUAAAUGUUUAAGUUCAAACAUGUUGAGUGUGAAGAAAUCAGCUGUCAUUACAUUGUAACAUUGACCCCUUCUAAUGUUGAGUUAGUAUGUCACACAGGUCUGUAAACAGAUUCAAGUUCAUCAAUUUUAAAUGUUUUGAAUUUUGCAAUGUAUCAACAUUCUCUAUUAUCUAUAAUAUUCAAUUUGAUCUACAUUCUCUGUCAGCAGUCAGUAUUCUUGACAAAAUCUAUGUGAAAGUGACAAAAGGUGUGUGAGCUGUUAGUGUAAAGAAUAACACUGAAUCAUGUGCUUGUUGUCUCCCUUUAUUCCACAAUGUAAUAAAAAGUGAUUCCUGUUAGAGUAACUUCCCUUGCCAGGAUGUUUUUAUAUCUUUAGGUAAAAUAUAGGGAUUGUCCACAGUUUCUCUCUCUCUCUCCAAUACUCAAAUUUCAGUACUGUAAUUAUAUAAAGUACAUCACAAAAUAAAAUAAACAUGAGAAAAUUGUAACAAGUAAUUUAUACAUGAAUCUUUUACCAUAUUGGUAAUGCAAGUGAUUUGAAAAAGACUUUUUCAGACUAAAACUAUAAUACUAAACAAUUUACUCAGUCUAUGAUGUAAGUGCUAUACAAUAAUUUAUUGUCAUGUUUUUUGUUAUUAAGCCAUCUGUUCAGCUGAUGAGGCUGAGCGUUGGGCCAUUGUAUUUAUAAGCUUGUUAUGUAUCCUGGUGUGGUAUACACUAUAUACACCUUCUAAGAUAGAGCUGAACAAUUAUCACCAAUACACAUUAUAUAUCUGUACAUAAGAUUUUGACAUUUGUAUUGUACGAUUGUGUGUUUAUAUUCCAUUGUAUAAUGUAUCUCUGAAAUAUAAUAUCUAUAGGUUGUUUGUUUUCCUUCGAGGAAGAUAAAACUGGAAUAAGAGCAAAUAUGUGCAUUCAAUCAUAUUUAAGUUGGAAUUAUGAUUUGUUUUGUCUAUUCAGCUACAGAAAUAUAUACAACUCAGUGUAUUAUUUUGAGGAUGAAACUUCUCUCGGGGGAAAUUUUGUCACUUUGGAAACUUCUGAUGGGGAAAUCACACCCACAAAUCCAUGUACCUAUAAAAAGAUGUUUAUUCAGAUAAAUUCGUUUCAGAUACAGGUUUUCCAUAGGUACAGAACUGAAAAACAUUUCAUUUAUAUUUUGAUGAAAAUAACCAUUGAUUAUAUCUGUAAAUGGCACUGAAUUUGUGUUGUAAUAGAGGAAGGUAGCAACCAGCAGCUCUAUUUGGCUAGGAAAUUUUCUAUUUUGUUCCAAAAACAGCCAUUCAUUAUGUAAAUUUAGUAAUGUGACCAUUGUGAAAGUGGGUAAACAUUUCUUGAGAUUUACCAGAUACUUUUAAGACCCGAGUUAGACUAGAAACAAAUCGGAAGAAUCAGUAUUUUACACUUAUUGUGUUUUACAUGAGGUGAUUAAGAUUUAGGAGAAAAACUACUGUAGAUCUUCUAGUCUGUUGCCUGUAUAUGCGUAUUGUUAUUUAUUUAGAGGGCAGAUAUUGCUACCCCUGUUUGAAUGCAUGUUUGUGAUCACAGUUAUGUGUUUUGUCAUUGUCAUAUGUUAAUUCUUUUUUGUUUCUGUGUCUUCAAUCUCAAAAUAGAGAAAAUAUUAUUACCUUUAUCUGUAGAAUUUUCUACACAAUAAUUAUUAUACUGUAUUCUCGCAGCGGAAAGUGACUGGUGUCAUUAUUGUUGUUGUAAGCAUAUUGUUUAGCUGAAAGACAAUUUGAUUCAUGACUAUGUCAAUAACUUUUGAACGCAGCUUAACCAUUUGUCAUUGAAUGACGUAAACAAAAAAAAUUGUACAUUCUACAGCCAUUUCUUUCAGUUGCUGCGAGAAUAGGAAACCCACCAAAAUAGGAGUACACAGUAUGAUUCUGAAAAGAAACUUCAAAACAAAUUAUGAAAAUUUUACUUAAAAUAUUCAGUAGAUUAAGAGUUUCAGGUUUAUUUGAACAAAAAAAAUAAAAUUAAUAAAGAAGAAAGAAUAAACAGGACACUUUAUUUGAAUACAAUUUUAGAAAUGAUAUCCAAAUAGGACAAAGAUUGUAAAAUUUGAUUACAAGAUGAAUUCACUCUUCAACAAAAUAUAACUAUCCAUACACCAAACCAAGAAGUUGAAAUUACUUAUACUGAGUUUAUUAAGUUGACAGGUGCAAACUUUGUGCAAAAAGUGUUCUGACUGUCCAAAUAUGUUGUCCAAUUUUGUGUGAAUUAUCACACACGUUUGGUUGUCAGAUUUUGUUUUAUUUCAUAUAUUUCUACCUCAAUGUCAUCAAAGACUUAAGGAAUUUGUUUAAACUAUUGAUUUUUUUUUUUUAUUUAUCUGAAAAUGGAUUUGUUGGAUUCAUUUGCUAACUUAAAAUAUUAAAAUUUUGUUAAAUGGUUGCACUGUAGGUGUACUAUCAUAAAAAAAUGACUGCCUUGGUCAGUUUGUGGUCGGUUUGAAAAGAUUAUUUUAUUGUCAGUUAAAUUUAUUAAACAGAGACUAAUUCAUUCACAGAUUAUGAUUAGUAUCCUUAUACAAUUUCAUUUGAAGAGGCCUUAUUUUUUAUCACUAUUAUUUUUUGUUCAUUUCAAAUGUUGAAAGUCGAAGACAACAGUUGCUACUUGAAAGUAAUUGGUUUGCGUAGAUACACCACCCCUUAAUGAUAGACACAUCUAGUCAGUGUGUGUGUGAGCUAGGAUGUCUGGUGCUAUCCGGGACAGAAUUUCAUAUAUCUACGACUGGAUGUUUGGAUGCGAGAGCGAAAGAGUCUAUGCAAAUAUAUGAAUGUGUUUAGAUUUACUUGUAAUUUAUAGAGUUAUUAUAGCAGCUGUGAAAAUGUCGUAGAGAGAAAUGUGUGUGGACAGUGUAAGUGUGUGUAUGUACACUGUAUAUAUUAAAAUUUAUUGUGCACGUGCGAUAAUCACGUGACAUCACCUGUUAUUGAUGAAAUAAAAGGAAAAUGUUAUUUUGUUGUGUAAA